AUGGCCAGCAAAAGUUUCACAGGUGCUCCCUUUGGCACUCAGAAAUCCAGGUUUGAUGUGAACAUACUCUACCCAAAUAGAAGGAAGCCAGGCACCUACACAGAAGUGGUUUAUGAUAAAAAAGCUACCGGGGAAUUGGAAAGAAAGUUAGCUCCUGGGUACUACAAUGCAGACCAAGGCAGCUUCAGCCUUGAAGCAGUGGCUCGAAGAGCGUCUGGACCUGGCUGGGCAAGAGAACAGGAGAUAGAGAAGUUUGCUCGCACUCCACAAAUGUUUUAUAAGGAAAAAAAGCAAAGACAGACAUUUCUGGAAAUGAGCCGGGGCCCUGGAAGAUACACCAUACCUUAUUUUCUGGACUUACUGGAAAAGAAAAAUCCUGGAAUGAGAGGCGUUUGUGACACCAGAGAGGAGCGAUUUAAGGAGGUUGAUAAUUACACCCCAGGUCCUGGGACAUAUGGAAAGGGAGGAAUCCCAAGUGCGCUGUUGGAGGAGAAAGAAAAGGUUUCUCCUGGAAAACUGGGAUUGAUGGAUUCAAAGGGUUUAAAAUCCCGAGCUCCCAUGAUACAUGGUUGUGAUUUGGGGCCGGGCACCUAUACCAUUGAAAACAGCAUAGAUAAAUUACUGACUCGGGUCGUCAGUAAACGUGGCCCCUUCGAUCUCUUCACAGGUUCAAGGAACAGUCGUAUCAUCACUGGGCAUCGUGCAACGAGACCCAUGAACCUGAGUCCUGGAAUGUACAAGAUCAAGUCAUUCACAAGUGACUUUUUAUGCCAGGAAAAGAGGAGACAUGGGAAGUUUGGGAUGCAGGCACAAUACCCCUUUCCCCCCACAGAUCGCAUAUAUUACAGCACCUUGAGCCAAUGGCAAAGGCCGAAGAGCUACCCUGGAUACUACUCCACAAAGCUACUUUCUAAACCAGAAAACCGAAAACCACCACCAUUUUUAACCUCCACAACGAGAGGCAGCUACAAAUCUGCUAAACUCUACAAUUUCAACCCUAACAACGUAGGUGUGGGCCGCUAUGACACUGCAAAGUAUGACAAAACCAGACCAGUAAACUCCUUCAGAUCAUGUUUUCUCUCUAAAACCCAGCGUUACUUGUCUAAUUUUACAAGGGACAAAAUCCUACAGUAA